AUGAGUCGUCCCGUAGAGCCGGAGCCGGGAUUGUGUUGCCAAGAAGGGUGCGCGAGUUGUGUAUGGCUCGUUUACGCUCAAGAACUUCUCGAUUAUUAUCGUCAAAAGUACCCGAAAGACACAGCAGAACGUGUGAAAGAGCAGAUUCAGGAUAAAAUCGAAUCUCCGUCGGUCAAGGAAUACGUGUUGAUGGAGUUGGCGAUGUCGGAAAAACGAUAUAAAGAGAUGGCGAUGAUGAGCAAAUAG